CCCUCCAACACCUUUCCUAACGUUUGGCCGGGUCAGCCGGAGAGCCCGUACGGUCCGGAAUGGCAAGAUUAUUUUGGAGUCCAAUAUCCGCUCCCUGGCCUGGAUGGCAUCAAUAUCCCUCGGAGCUUUGCCGGAAGCAUCUCAGUAAAUCGCGCCGGACAUCCCAACGACACCUUGUUCUUUUGGGGCUUUGAGAAGCAGGGCGGAAACGGGACGUUGACGGCGGGGGCGGGUGAGCUCAGUACCGAACCAUGGAUACUAUGGCUUCAGGGAGGGCCAGGGUCGUCCGGCAUGUUGGGAUUGUCAACCGAGAACGGACCGAUACAUGUCCUAGCAAAUGGAACAUGGGUUACAAACCCGUUUAGCUGGAAUACCCUAGCGGAUACCAUCUGGAUUGACCAACCUGUUGGCACGGGAUUUUCGACGGCUGAUAAUGAAGGAUACAUUGCGGAUGAGGACCAGAUGGGCGAAGAUUUCAUCCAAUUCUUGUCCAAUCUAGUGGCUGUUUUCCCAAGCCUUUCCACUCGCCCUCUGUAUCUCACUGGCGAAAGUUAUGCUGGAACCUACAUCCCUUACAUCAUGAAGCAUCUGGUUCAGCAAGACUCGCCGCCGGUGAAUCUUCAUAAGGCGGCUAUCGGCGAUGGUUCCUUAGGGUCUUUCGCCACGAUCAGACAUCUUCCCGUCCUGAACAUUAUCGAAACGUAUCCCGCUUUGAUAGGCUACGAUCAUGAUGUGUUCAACUACUUCAAGGAGCAGCAUCACCUUUGUGGUUUCGACCUCAACCUGACGUAUCCCCAGCUUUCCGGAACAUUCCCGACACUCAGUCUCCCGUUGGGACAACGUGCACAGCUUGCGGGUGGAACCCAGAACACCAAACGAUCCGCCGCUUCAUGGCAGCACGAGAUCGAGGUGGAGUACGUGGCACGCGCACAAGGAAGCCCACACAUGAAGCGUUCCGACUACCGCGAGCAUAGAGCGCAGAAGAGAGAGCAUUGGAAGCGUGACCUCUCAGGGCGCGUCAACGGCACGCUCGACCCGUGGUACGCGUGUGACCUUUUCGAUGAGAUGCGCGACUACGCCGUCAACUUCACAUACCCAUGGUCGAACGGUGGCUUUGAUGUCUAUGACAUACCUGAUGCCACAAAUCCAGAGCCCUCCCUUGAUGCAUCGCCCUUCUUGAACUCCCCUGCUGUCCGCGCUGCGCUCCAUGCUCCCACAUCCAAGAACUGGACGAGCAGCUUCAACUAUCCAUUCGGCUCCGUGUACAACAAGUCGAUCGGGAACGAGCAUGGUGACCCUUCCGUCGAGCCCGUCGCCUUCCUCUCCGACCUCUUCGCCAACGCCACCGCGCGCAACAUCUCCCUCGUCUUCUACUCGGGCAACGACGACGCCCAAGUCCAGCACCACGGUACCGAGGUCGUCAUCCAGAACAUCACCUGGGCCGGCCCAUCCACCGUCUCCGGCGAGCGCCCCCUGCCGACCCAAGGCUUCUCGCGACGCCCCGCGACGCCGUGGACGGGCGAUGACGGCGCGCCCGCGGGGCUCGUGCACCAGGAGCGCGGGCUCACGUACGUCCUCUUCGCCGGGGCGGGCCACCUCGUCCCGCAGUGGCGACCCGCGCAGGCACUCGUCUUCCUGCGUGAGUUUGUGCUCGGCGCGAACGCGACCGGGACGCUCCUCGCGAAUGGCACCGUCGUCGGCGGCGAGUCAUCGGAGCUCGCGGACGCGGUCAUGCCGGGCGGCCUCGAGGUCUUCUUCGGGAGCGGGACGACGGCGGGGACGUCGACGGUGCCGAGUGCGACGGCGGCGGCAUGGGAGGUGUUCGUGCGCACGGCGACGGCGACGACGUUUGGGGGUACGGUGUCGGCGACGAGCGGGACGGGCGCGGCGAGCGCGUCCGAUGGUGGGGCGGCUCCUACUGGGGGUGCGAAUGCAGCGGUGGCGGCGAUAGUUGGAGUGGCUGUUAUAGUCGGUACGACGUUGUUUGUCUUUUAG